CGCGCUUUCCGGCGAGCCCAAGUUCUCGCCAAUCACAUACUCCGACCACCUUCUCCGCCGUCGAACCUCUCCCUCACGCGCGAUGUAUGCUUGCAGUACUCUCCACCGGAGGAGCUCAACGGGAGCUAUGGAUUCGAAAUCAAGGAGAUGAGGAAACUGCUCGACGGACACAACGUGGAGGAGCGAGACUGGCUUUAUGGGCUCAUGAUGCAGAGCAAUCUGUUUAAUCGGAAAGAGAGAGGAGGCAAGAUUUUCGUGUCGCCGGAUUACAAUCAGACGAUGGAGCAGCAGCGAGAGGUCACCAUGAAGCGGAUCUGGUACUUGCUCCAGAAAGGAGUCUUCAAAGGAUGGUUGACGGAGACAGGUCCUGAUGCUGAGCAAAAAAAGUUUGCUCUGUACGAAGUUUGCGGGAUCUAUGAUUACUCCAUUAUCGCCAAACUCGGUGUUCAUUUCUUGCUGUGGGGUAAUGCUGUUAAAUUCUUUGGGACAAAGCGCCACGAUGACAAGUGGCUGAAAGACACCGAAGAUUAUGUUGUCAAGGGAUGCUUAGUAAUGACUGAGUUGGGCCAUGGAAGUAAUGUGAAGGGAAUUGAAACAGUGACUACUUAUGACCCAAGAACUGGGGAGUUUGUUAUAAACACUCCUUGUGAAUCUGCUCAGAAGUAUUGGAUCGGUGAGGCAGCUAACUAUGCAACCCAUGCAAUUGUGAUUUCACAGCUUAACAUAAACGGAACCAACCAGGGGAUUCAUGUCUUCAUCGCCCAAAUCAGGGAUCAAGAUGGCAACAUAUGUCCAAACAUCCGCAUUGCCGACUGUGGACACAAGAUUGGUCUAAAUGGUGUUGGCAAUGGCAGGAUAUGGUUUGACAAUCUUCGAAUUCCAAGAGAUUAUUUAUUGAACUCAGUUGCUAAUGUUUCAUCUGAUGGGCAGUAUGUUAGCGCAAUAAAAAAUCCUGAUCAGAGAUUUGGAGCAUUCUUGGCCCCUUUGACCGCUGGUCGUGUCACGAUUUCGUCAAGUGCAAUUUAUUCUGCAAAGCUGGGAUUAGCUGUUGCUAUAAGGUACUCGCUAUCGAGAAGAGCCUUCUCUGCUGUAGACAAUGGUCCUGAAGUUCUCCUUCUUGAUUAUCCAAGCCAUCAAAGACGACUUUUACCACUCCUAGCAAAAACAUAUGCUAUGAGCUUUGCUGCUAAUGACUUGAAGAAUUACGUGAAGAGAACACCUGAGACCAACAAAGCCAUCCAUGUAGUUUCAAGUGGGUUCAAAGCUGUUCUCACUUGGCACAAUAUGCGAACGCUUCAGGAAUGUCGUGAAGCUUGUGGAGGGCAAAGUGUGAAAACAGAAAAUCGCGUUGGUCAUUUAAAAGGCGACUAUGAUGUGCAGACUACAUUUGAAGGUGACAAUAAUGUUCUGAUGCAGCAGGUGAGCAAAGCACUUUUUGCUGAAUAUGUAUCUUGUAAGAAGAGAAAUAAACCAUUCAAAGGAUUGGGAUUGGAGCACAUGAACAGCUCUCGCCCUGUAUUACCAACUCAACUCACAUCUUCUACCCUCAGAUGCAGCCAGUUCCAGAAAAAUGUCUUCUCUUUAAGAGAGCGAGAUCUUCUAGAGCGGUAUACAUCUGAAGUUGCACAACUUCAAGGGAGAGGAGAAAGCAGAGAGUUCUCCUUCCUUUUGAAUCAUCAACUUUCUGAAGACCUAAGCAGAGCUUUCACAGAAAAAGCAAUUCUGCAAACCUUUUUGGAUGCUGAAGCCAAAAUCCGUGCUGGCUCCAUUAAGGAUGUGUUGGGUCUAGUAAGAUCAAUGUACGCAUUGAUCUGCUUGGAGGAAGAUCCAUCGUUGCUGAGAUAUGGUUACCUGUCAAGGGACAAUGUUGGAGAUGUGAGGAGAGAGGUUUCUAAGCUGUGUGGAGAGCUUAGACCUCACGCUCUUGCACUCGUCACUUCGUUCGGGAUUCCAGACGCCUUCUUGGGUCCGAUCGCAUUCAACUGGGUCGAUGUCAACGCUUGGUCUUCAGUUUAGUACUAGGAGUAUAAUCUCUUCCAUAAUUCCAAAGUUUCUAGUUGAAGCUGUUUUAUUGUUGUCAAUGUAUCCCGAGGAUUUUAGUCUCAACUUUUGACAUUUCACAA